UCUCUCAUUUGAUUCUCUGGUGUGCUUUCCAAUUCUAGCGGAGCUUACUUGCCACUAUGAUCCAAUGAGAUUUUUAGUUUUUCCAAAGAUUUAGCAUCAAAUGAACUUAUUCUGAUUCUGUUUUUCUAAGCGUUAAAACAUAAAACUACCUUACUGCCUUAAUAUGUUCAAUUUUGAGGGAUUGAGUCCUGAUGAAUUGUUUAGUUUUGGAAAUGUUUUUCUUAGCCUUACUGCCUUAGUUUUUCUCAGCCUUACUGUUUUGAUCUUCAUCGUUUGUCUCCAACUUAAUUAGAUUAUACUUGUGUGAUCUUCGAUAAUUUUUGCAAGGAAGAGGAUAUGGCUGCGCAUGCUUCUUCUGAGAUUAUUAAGUAUGAUGUCUUCCUCAACUUCAGAGGCACAGACACUCGCCGUGGUUUUCUCAGCAAUCUGCGCAAGGCUUUAGAGGACAAGCACAUCAAGACAUACGUGGAUUACAUGCUUAGAGAAGGAACUGAAAUAUCACACUCACUCCUUGCAGCCAUUGAACAAUCAGAAAUUGCUUUGAUCAUAUUCUUUAUGCUUCUUCCAAAUGGUGUUUGGAAGAACUAGCCAAAAUAAUGGAAUGCAGGAAACAAAAUGGUCAAAUUCUAAUACCUAUUUUCCAUAAGGUAGACCCAUCAUGGGUGCGCCACGAAAAGGAAAGUUAUCACCACGCCCUUGCUAAUCAUGAGGUGAGGUUUGCAGACAGGGUGCAAAUUUGGAGAGAAGCUCUCAAGGAAGCUGCCAAUUUGUCUGGAUUUCAUUCACCGUCAUCAAGCUUCCGGAAUGAUGCUGAUCUUGUUGAUGAAAUUGUCAAACGUGUCUUACAAAGGUUAAACCAAUCACCCCAAGGUGAUUUGCAGGGUCUUGUUGGAAUUCAUGGACCAAUUGAAAAGCUAAUUUCGUUGUGCACGGAAUCUAAAGCUGUUAUUAUUGGCCUUUGGGGCAUGGGCAGUGUUGGUAAGACAACUCUUGCGAAUGCAGUUUUCAAUAGAUUGUGUGAUGGAUUUGAAGGAUUUUGCUUUUUGAACAAUGUAAGAGAAAGAGCUGAGAAAUAUGGUAUAGAUCAUUUGAAGACAGAACUUCUUUCCAAACUGCUAAAGGAAAAAGAUGCAAGUCCCUUUGUCACGACUGGCGGGAUAACUAAUUUUUCCAAGAAAAGACUUAGUCGAACAAAGGUUCUUGUUGUUCUUGAUGAUGUCAAUGAUUCAGACCAAAUGGAAGAUUUAUGUGGAGGACAUGCAUGGUUUGGGGAAAGUAGCAGAAUCAUAAUGACAACAAGAGAUAAGCAUGUCCUUGUUAAGGCGGGCGCUAAUCAUAUUCAUCAAGUUAAGACAUUGAAUUCUGAUGAUUCCCUUAAGCUUUUCAGCCUGAAUGCCUUCAAGCAAAACUGCAUUAUAAAAGCAGAACAAGUUGAGUUGUCCAAGAGAGUGCUUAACUAUUGCAAAGGCCUUCCCUUAGCAAUAAAAAUCUUGGGUUCCUUCCUUAAAAGAAAAACUCAACAAGAGUGGGAAAGUGAACUGGCCAAACUUGAAAAGAUGCCUGAUGAAAAAAUCCAAAGUAUAUUGCGAUUGAGUUAUAAUGAAUUAGAUCGUAAUGAUUGGAAUAUAUUUUUGGAACUUGCAUGUUUUUUUGAUACAAAUACAGAAGACGAGCAGCUAAAAUCUCUUCUUGAUCGCUGUGGAUACACAACUACUAUCGGGUUGACAAAUCUUUGUAAUAAUGCUCUUAUUUCCAUUUCAAACAAUUGUGUGUCAAUGCAUGACUUAGUUCGAGAAAUGGGCCGUGAAAUUGUUCGUGAAGAAUGUCUAAAUGAUCCAGGAAAACGCAGUAGACUAUGGGAUUCUUGUGAUACCUAUGAAGUACUGAAAUAUAAUAAGAGAACUCAAGCUAUUCAAAGUAUCACAUUAAACAUGUCUGAAAUUGAUAUGAUAAGAUUGCACCCUGAGACAUUUGAAAGAAUGCCAGAACUGAAGCUUGUUAGAUUUCAUGCAGCCAAUUCCAAAAACAAGUUGUGUGCUCCAGAAGGUAUUACAUCCCUGCCAGAGAAGUUAAGGUAUUUUCAUUGGGAUGAGUUUCCUUUGAAAUCUUUGCCAUCUUCUUUUGGUGCUGAGAGAUUUGUUGAAAUCAUAAUGCCCAAUAGUGGAUUGCAAAUGCUUUGGGAAGGUGAACAGAAUCUUGUAAAUAUAAGGAAAGUGGAUCUUGAUGGUUCAUCAAGCCUAAUGGAGCUCCCAGAUUUAUCAAAAGCUUCAAAUCUUAGAGAAGUGAGUAUCCCUGGUUGCAAGAGUCUGUGUCAAGUUCCUCCAUCUGCUGUAUGUUCCCAGAAGCUGAAAUACCUGAAAGUGAGCAACUGUGAGAGCCUUGAAUCCAUAGCAGAGCUUCCAACAUUGGUUAUGUACGUAAUUGCUCGCAACUGCUGCUCGCUACACACUGUAUCUGUAUCUGCUUUGGAUUCUGUGGCCAAAGAACCGAUCCAGCAGCAGCAAUUUGAGGAUAUAACCUUCAAUUUCACCAGCCGCAAUUUUUUUUUCCCCAACAUUAUUUUUUGUGUUGUAGAACCCUUUUUCUUUUCUUGCCCCUUAGUGGUGAAUUUCAAAUUCUGUUAGUGGUCAUGUUCUGCUGUAUCUGAUACAUCUUAAUUUUAGAUCCAUAAAUAGCUGUAAAGAAUGGCAUCAACAUUUGAUAAAUACUUAUGGAAAAGACUUAGAUUGGCACUUCUUAAGGGUAAGUGGAAUACUUGCAAUAAUAUAUAACAUAACAAGACAUUC